UCCUAAUUUUUAGCUGUUUGCUAAAAUCAAGGAAAAAUUAUGAUAAUUUUCCUUGAUAACCAUGCUAAUGCCAAAUAGUAUCUUCAUUAUUUAUAACCUUCUCUUUGAUAUUCAAUAUUUCAAUUUGAUCGAUAGCCAUGUCCAAGAAGACCCAAGGCCGCAAGAAAAUUGAGAUCAAGAAGCUAGAGAACUCUAGCAACAAACAAGUCACAUUCUCAAAACGCCGUGCCGGCAUAUUCAAAAAAGCCGGCGAGCUUAGUGUGCUUUGCGGCGCCCAUGUGGCCAUUAUAGUGUUCUCUGGCGCAGGGAAGGUGUUUUGCUAUGGACACCCGAACAUCAACACGGUGCUCGAGAGCUAUCAAAACGGUCUUAGUUCAGUUGUCAGAGUUAAUGAGGAGGCUGGCGAUUUGCUGGUGGCGGAGUUCAACAAAGAGUACGUGGAGGCAGAGAAGGAGUUUGAGGAUUUGAAGAGGAAAGCCACGGGGAUUAAACAGAUGGCGGAUGAGAAGAAGAAGAUGAUGAAGGAAAUGAAUAUGAGUGAGGGGUUUUGGUGGGAUGAGGCUGUGGAUUUGGCAAUGAUGGAUGAACGGGAAUGGGAGCAGUACUUCAAGGCGUUGGAAGAGUUAAGGCGAAAGGUGGCUGCUAGGGUUGAUGAGUUGAAGAUUUUGAAUGGGACUAUGAUGGGGCCGCCGGUCCCGGCGGUUCAUCAUCGGCUUUGUCAUGUGCCGUUCAUGACCUCCAAUAAUUGUUUUGGUAAUUGUCAGGACGUCCAAUUUGGUUCUGGUUAUCAUGAUUUAGGGGUUUAAAUUACUAUAGAGAAAACUCCAUUGUAGUACUUUAUAAUAUGA